GCCUGGCAACAGAAAACUUUUCUUUCUGGGUUUACGAGAACUGAGCUGAAGUGGGAAACGUUAUUUGCUUUGACGAAACAAUUUACUUUUGUGCAACAUUAAGUUGUGUCAAACAAGCAAAUAAAGGAAGAAGCUUAAAAUUGCCUGCUUCUGAUUUCACUUCAUUGCUUCUCAGCCUCCAAGAGGAAAAAAAAAUGAAGAUUUUGUGGCUGAGUAUUUUUCUAUUUUUACAUAGUAACUCAGCCUGGGCGAAAGAGAAGCAUUAUUACAUCGGAAUUAUUGAAACAACUUGGGACUAUGCCUCUGACAAUGAGAAGAAACUUAUCUCAGUUGACACGGAACAUCCCGAUAUCUAUCUUCAAAAUGGCCCAAAUAGAAUUGGAAGGGUCUAUAAGAAGGCCCUUUACCUACAGUACACAGACAAAACCUUUACAACAGUUAUAGAAAAACCUAUCUGGCUGGGGUUUUUAGGCCCUAUUAUCAAAGCUGAAACUGGAGAUAAGGUUUAUGUACACUUAAAAAACUUUGCCUCUAGGCCCUACACUUUUCAUCCACAUGGAAUAACAUACUAUAAGGAACAUGAGGGGGCCAUCUAUCCUGAUAACACCACAGAUUUUUACAAAGCAGAUGACAAAGUGUAUACAGGCGAACAGUACACAUACAUAUUGGAUGCCAGCGAAGACCAAAGUCCUGGUGAGGAAGAUAGCAAUUGUGUGACCAGGAUUUACCAUUCCCACAUUGAUGCUCCAAAAGAUAUCGCUUCAGGACUCAUCGGACCUUUAAUAAUCUGUAAAAAAGAUUCUCUGGAUAAUGAAAAAGAAAAAAAUAUUGACCAAGAAUUUGUGGUGAUGUUUUCUGUGGUGGAUGAAAAUCUCAGCUGGUACCUAGAUGACAACAUUAAAACCUAUUGCUCUGAACCAGAGAAAGUUGACAAAGAUGAUGAAGACUUCCAGGAGAGUAACAGGAUGUAUUCUGUGAAUGGAUACGCUUUUGGAAGUCUCCCAGGUCUCUCCAUGUGUGCAGAGGACAAAGUCAGAUGGUAUCUUUUUGGUAUGGGUAAUGAAGUGGAUGUGCACGCAGCUUUCUUCCACGGCCAAGUGUUGACUAAUAAGAACUACCGGAUUGAUACAGUCAAUCUCUUUCCUGCUACCCUAUUCGAAGCUUUUAUGGUGGCCCAGAAUCCUGGAGAAUGGAUGCUUAGCUGUCAGAAUCUAAACCACCUGAAAGCUGGUCUCCAAGCCUUUUUCCAGGUACAAGACUGUAACAAGCCUUCAUCAGAGGACGAUAUCCGUGGGAAACAUGUUAGACAUUACUACAUUGCUGCUGAGGAAAUCAUCUGGAACUAUGCGCCUUCUGGAAUAGACAUCUUCACCAAAAAAAACUUAAGAGCACCUGGAAGCGCUUCAGAGGUAUUUUUUGAACAGGGUUCUACAAGAAUUGGAGGAUCUUAUAAAAAGCUGGUUUAUCGUGAAUACACAGAUGCUUCCUUCACAAAUCAAAAGAAGAGAGGCCCUGAAGAGGAACAUCUUGGCCUCCUGGGUCCUGUCAUUUGGGCAGAGGUAGGAGAUACGAUCAGAGUCACUUUCCAUAACAGAGGAGCAUAUCCCCUCAGCAUUGAGCCAACUGGGGUGAGGGUCAGUAAGAACAACGAGGGCACAUACUAUACCUCAGUUCACAACCCCCUGAGUGGAAGUGUGCCUUCUCCUUCAGCUUCACACGUAGCACCCAAACAAACAUUCACCUACGAAUGGUCUGUCCCCGAAGAAGUGGGACCCACUUACAAAGAUCCUGUCUGUCUAUCUAAGAUGUAUUAUUCUGCUGUGGAUCCCACCAAAGAUAUAUUCACUGGGCUUAUCGGGCCAAUGAAAAUAUGCAAGAAAGGAAGUUUACAUGCAAAUGGGAGACUGAAAGAUGUAGACAAGGAGUUCUACCUGUUUCCCACAGUGUUUGAUGAGAAUGAAAGUUUACUCCUGGAUGAGAAUAUUAGAAUGUUUACAACUGCACCUCAUCUGGUGAAUAAGGAAGAUGAAGACUUUCAGGAAUCUAAUAAGAUGCACUCCAUGAAUGGAUUCAUGUACGGGAAUCAGCCUGGUCUCAACAUGUGCAAAGGAGAUUCAGUCAUGUGGUACUUAUUCAGUGCUGGAAAUGAGGCUGAUGUACAUGGGAUUUACUUUACCGGAAACACAUAUCUGUCACGAGGAGAAAGAAGAGACACAGCAAACCUCUUCCCUCAAGCAAGUGUUACACUCCUCAUGCAGCCUGAUGCUGAAGGGACUUUUGAAGUUGAAUGCCUGACAACCGAUCACUACACAGGAGGCAUGAAGCAAAAGUACACGGUGAACAAAUGCAAGCAAGAGUCUGAUGAUCCAAGCUUCUACCUGGCAGAGAGGACCUACUACAUCGCAGCAGUGGAGAUGGAAUGGGAUUAUUCCCCAAGCAGGGAAUGGGAACGGGAGCUGCAUCUCCUACAAGAACAAAAUGUUUCGAAUGCAUUUUUAGAUAAGGAAGAGUUUUACAUAGGCUCCAAGUACAAGAAGGUUGCAUAUCGGCAAUACACCGACAGCACGUUCAGAGUUCCCGUGGAGAGAAAGGCUGAAGAAGAACAUCUGGGCAUUCUAGGUCCACAACUCCAUGCAGACGUUGGAGACAUAGUUAAAAUUAUCUUUAAAAACAUGGCCACAAGGCCCUACUCAAUACAUGCCCAUGGGGUGAAAACAGAGAGUUCUACAGUUACUCCAACUUUACCAGGUGAAAGUCACACUUACAUAUGGAAGAUCCCAGAUAGAUCUGGACCUGGAAUAGAGGAUUCUGCUUGUAUUCCAUGGGCCUACUAUUCAACUGUGGAUCAAGUUAAGGAUCUCUAUAGUGGAUUAAUUGGCCCACUGAUUGUUUGCCGGAGACACUACACGAAAGUAUUCAAUCCCAUCACAAAACUGGAAUUUUCCCUUCUGUUUUUUGUUUUUGAUGAAAAUGAAUCCUGGUACAUAGAUGACAACAUCAAAACAUACUCUGAACACCCUGAGAAAGUAAACAAAGACAAUGAGGAAUUCAUAGAAAGCAAUAAAAUGCAUGCUAUUAAUGGAAGAAUGUUUGGGAACCUGCAAGGCCUCACGAUGCACGUGGGAGAUGAAGUCAACUGGUAUCUGAUGGGAAUGGGCAACGAAAUCGACUUGCACUCGGUACAUUUUCAUGGCCACAGCUUCAGGUACCAGCACAGGGGCAUUUAUAGCUCUGAUGUCUUUGACAUUUUCCCUGGGACAUACCAAACUCUAGAAAUGUUUCCAAGGACACCUGGAAUCUGGUUACUCCACUGCCAUGUGACUGACCACAUUCAUGCUGGAAUGGAGACUACUUACACGGUUCUACCAAAUGAAGCCCAGCAAUAAUACUCCCUCCUGAAGCACAGGAAACACAGGAGAAGGAACAGCCCUUUCCUGGGUAAAUAGUCACAAAAUGUGUUCUACAGAGUGAAAUCCUGCUGUGUGGUUGCAGGCUUUGGUGUUUCUUGGGUCUUCUGAGUUCAGAAUUGUUGGAAUUGGCGAUGGCCAAUCCAACAGGGGGAAAUGAUGUAGAGAAAACAAUGCCUUUGUUUUAAAUGUAUUUCCUCUUUAAAAUGGGCAUUAAAGAGGACAUAUAAGUGGAAGAAAAUAUAGAAAUAAAUCUCUCAAAAAUUAAAAGUCACUCAAAGAUCAACCGUGAGUGCAAACGACAAGUUUUCAUUUCUGCUCCCGGGUUUUACACAGACACCUCGUAACGUGAAAAACGGUUCUCUUAAAGCCUUUAUUACAAAGAGUGGGACUGGGAGUACCAGAAUGCCAAAGACUGGCAGAGGUAAAUAAAUCGCUGGGUUCAAUGCCAGUCACUACGGAACAAGGUGAAGAGUCAAACAUGAGAAAGAAAACUGCAGUGUUUAAAGAACAUCAGCACACACGUAAGCCACCACACAAAACGAUGGAUCCUGCUCUGAGGGAGCACGGAGGGAGGCAUUCUGGAAAUACAUGUGUGCAAAUGCCUCAUGUGCAGAGGAUGCGGCUGCAGGCUAAUCAUGCACACCCAGACACUGUCAAGAUUCCUCCUGGGGAAUUAGCCUGGAAGGAGAGGGAGAGGAUUGCUUGGUUAAGAGAAGGGAGAUUGUUCUUAAAGCCUUAGAGAAAACUGUAGAAUAAAUCGCAAACGGGAAGGGAAAACACACAUUGGGGAAAAGAUUAAAGAGAAAUCGGCUUCUACGAAAGGAAAAGGUAUUGUAUAGACCGCAAGAAGGGGUAAUGAACAAAAAAGAUAGCUUGAACUAUAAACAGAAAGAUGGGGAGCCAUGUUUACCAGUCUGAAUUAUCUUUAAAUGAAAGUUUGAUAAAGCUUUGGGUAAGUCUACAUUAAUUCUGAAUCUUAGAAAAUUUUCUGUCUACUCUGACACAGAAAAGGGAGCACAGAAGGUUAGAGUAAAAUUGUUCAAUAUUAUGCACCAGGAGACAGGCAAUUUCCACCACAAUGAAAAAAAUCACUAGAAAAUAACUGUAGAUAUCCUGAUAUAUACUAAAUGUAAUGCUUCAUUUCCCCUACCAGAGGAAGCGUAAUAAAGACCUUCUCUGAUAAAUAUAAAAGGUACUUUUUUUUAGACUGUGACAUUUCUACUCCAGUCAGAUAACAUUUUAGGGGGGUCGGGAGGAAAAAAAGCUUGCCUAGCUUUCAGGUACUUUCAGGCAGGGACUGUAUAUUCUGUAUUUCUAGUAACUACCCCAAUCCAAUCCAAUACUCUGCUUGGUAAAUAUCUAACCACCUGUUAAUUCAAUGAAAAGGAAUUUUUAAACUUUUUUGGACAUAAUUUCAGACUUACAGAAAAGUUGUGAGAAUAGUACAAAAAAUUCCCAUAUACCCUUCACCCAAAUUCUCCAACUGUUAACAUUUUACAUAGCCAUAUUUG